CCAGUCCCAAGCCACCUGACUCCUGGUGCUGGGCUUCUGUGGGGCCACUGGGACCAGGACUUGUCCCCUCUUCCUCCUGAUUUAGCCUCACCCAGGCCCCUCUAGGGACUGUCCCAAGGUAAAGAAUCCCUGACCGAGCGCAUAGCUGCCUAGGAAGCCUGAUCAAAACGCAGACUCCUACCCACCCUAGAACUUUUACUCCACAAGUUCCUAGGGAAUUCUGAUCAAAUUUCAGGUUUGGGAACCACUGGCAUGGCUCACUGCACUCAUUUUACAGGUGGUGGGGAAACAGGUCUGAGUGUCCCGGUCACCCAGCACACGUGGACCCAUGCCCUUUCUCGGCUGUGCUGUCCUCCGAGGGUUUGGGGGCCUCCUUGAAGAAGGCACUGCCCUCAUCUCUGAAGCCUCCCUCUCCCGUGCUUUUUGCACUGGGGGGCAUGGGUGAAACUUACCUGGGGCGAGUCUCCUGCAAGCGGAAUCCUUUGACACAGACUGCCCUGCAGCGCCACCUUUUGGCAGAUCCUGGGCUCUGGAGGCCACGGGCAUGAUGCUUCGGGUCCUGGUGGGGGCUGUCCUCCCUGCCAUGCUACUGGCUGCCCCACCACCCAUCAACAAGCUGGCACUGUUCCCAGAUAAGAGUGCCUGGUGCGAAGCCAAGAACAUCACCCAGAUCGUGGGCCACAGCGGCUGUGAGGCCAAGUCCAUCCAGAACAGGGCGUGCCUAGGACAGUGCUUCAGCUACAGCGUCCCCAACACCUUCCCGCAGUCCACAGAGUCCCUGGUUCACUGUGACUCCUGCAUGCCAGCCCAGUCCAUGUGGGAGAUUGUGACGCUGGAGUGCCCGGGCCACGAGGAGGUGCCCAGGGUGGACAAGCUGGUGGAGAAGAUCCUGCACUGUAGCUGCCAGGCCUGCGGCAAGGAGCCUAGUCACGAGGGGCUGAGCGUCUAUGUGCAGGGCGAGGACGGGCCAGGAUCCCAGCCCGGCACCCACCCUCACCCCCAUCCCCACCCCCAUCCUGGUGGGCAGACCCCUGAGCCCGAGGACCCCCCGGGGGCCCCCCACACGGAGGAAGAGGGGGCUGAGGACUGAGGCCCCCCCAACUCUUCCUCCCCUCUCAUCCCCCUGUGGAAUGUUGGGUCUCACUCUCUGGGGAAGAGUCAGGGGAGAAGCUGAAGCCCCCCUUUGGCACUGGAUGGACUUGGCUUCAGACUCGGACUUGGAAUGCUGCCCGGUUGCCAUGGAGAUCUGAAGGGGCGGGGUUAGAGCCAAGCUGCACAAUUUAAUAUAUUCAAGAGUGGGGGGAGGAAGCAGAGGUCUUCAGGGCUCUUUUUUUGGGAGGGGGGUGGUCUCUUCCUGUCUGGCUUCUAGAGAUGUGCCUGUGGGAGGGGGAGGAAGUUGGCUGAGCCAUUGAGUGCUGGGGGAGGCCAUCCAAGAUGGCAUGAAUCGGGCUAAGGUCCCUGGGGGUGCAGAUGGUACUGCUGAGGUCCCGGGCUUAGUGUGAGCAUCUUGCCAGCCUCAGGCUUGAGGGAGGGCUGGGCUAGAAAGACCACUGGCAGAAACAGGAGGCUCCGGCCCCACAGGUUUCCCCAAGGCCUCUCACCCCACUUCCCAUCUCCAGGGAAACGUCGCCCCAGUGGCACUGAAGCGGCCCUCCCUCAGCGGAGGGGUUUGGGAGUCAGGCCUGGGCAGGACCCUGCUGACUCGUGGCGGGGGAGCUGGGAGCCAGGCUCUCCGGGCCUUUCUCUGGCUUCCUUGGCUUGCCUGGUGGGGGAAGGGGAGGAGGGGAAGAAGGAAAGGGAAGAGUCUUCCAAGGCCAGAGGGAGGGGGACAACCCCCCAAGACCAUCCCUGAAGACGAGCAUCCCCCUCCUCUCCCUGUUAGAAAUGUUAGUGCCCCGCACUGUGCCCCAAGUUCUAGGCCCCCCAGAAAGCUGCCAGAGCCGGCCGCCCUCUCCCCUCUCCCAGGGAUGCUCUUUGUAAAUAUCGGAUGGGUGUGGGAGUGAGGGGUUGCCUCCCUCGCCCCAAGGUUCCAGAGGCCCUAGGCGGGAUGGGCUCGCUGAACCUCGAGGAACUCCAGGACGAGGAGGACAUGGGACUUGCGUGGACAGCCAGGGUUCACUUGGGCUCUCUCUAGCUCCCCAAUUCUGCCUGCCUCCUCCCUCCCAGCUGCACUUUAACCCUAGAAGGUGGGGACCUGGGGGGAGGGACAGGGCAGGCGGGCCCAUGAAGAAAGCCCCUCGUUGCCCAGCACUGUCUGCGUCUGCUCUUCUGUGCCCAGGGUGGCUGCCAGCCCACUGCCUCCUGCCUGGGGUGGCCUGGCCCUCCUGGCUGUUGCGACGCGGGCUUCUGGAGCUUGUCACCAUUGGACAAUGUCCCUGAUGGACCCUCAGUCUUCUCAUGAAUAAAUUCCUUCAACGCC